AUGUAUGAUGACCCCAGUGAUCACUUAACCCCAUUUAACAGCACUCUUCCCUCCCCAGACCCUAUCCUGAUCAUCAUGGAGUACCUCCCACAUGGUAACCUUCAGGCCUACCUCCGUAAGAGCCGACCCAGCCAUCCUGGCAGUAUGAAGUACAGAACCUUAUCCUCCAGAUCUCUGAAUGCUAAAGACCUGACACAGAUGGCUUGGCAAGUUGCGAGAGGAAUGAUGCAUCUGGCAUCCCAUAACAUAAUUCACCGAGAUCUGGCCGCCAGGAACGUGCUCAUCGGAGAAAAUCGAGUAUGUAAAAUUGCAGAUUUUGGUUUGGCCAGAAACGUGAAAGAGGACAAUGUUUACGAGAGAACAUCCACGGUGCGAGCCCAUACCCAGGCCAAACCGGAGAGCAGGUAUCGCAUAAUGAGGAUGUGUUGGUCUAUCAAGCCGAUGGGAAGACCGUCGUUUGCCGACAUUGUACACAUCAUGGAGAAGUUGCUGGAGUCGAACGAGGAUUAUAUUGAGCUGAAAGAUUACAACGAAUCCGAGUAUAUCUCCAUACCCCCUUCUAGUAACGAGCUGUGCUGA